UUAUUUUACAGGUGACAGGUGAACAGGUGAUUUUCCUAACUUUAUAACUUUCCACGUUUAUCCGUAACUAUUAAGAAGUUUUUAAAUAUUCGAGAAAUAUGUUCAUUAAUUAACUCUUCUUACUCAAUAGAUACAUAAGUAUACAAGGUGCUUAAGUAGUGGCAAUAAUUAUAAAAGUUGCUUUAAUUAAUACUUUAAUUAAUUAUUUAAUGUUGCCCCAGUUCUUCGCUUUCUGUAUUUUUAAACUAUCUAAUCCCUACUAAGAUAGCAAAAUGGACGAACUCAAGGAACUGCUUAAAUUCGAAGCCACCUUGUCCUCACUACUUGGAGCUUUAAGCUCCGACACUUUCGACCAUAUUUUUAACGUCUUUAAUCUCCUGGUUGUGGACGUGGAAGAAAACAAGAUUCGCAUCGUGGUUGCCGUUAUUCAGGAAAAGAUUGUCCGACAUCCGGAAGCUCGUGAUUUAUAUGCCAAAUUGAUUUCUACGGCAAAAAGUACAAUGCCGACACUCGUUAAGCAGUUCCUAGACAGUUGGCAAGCCAAGUUUUUACGGAACGUAAACCUCGCAAAAAUUAUUGGCCUCGCUCCUGACCUUCGUGAACCACUGAAAAUCCAUUUGAACGCCGUCAAGACAAACUGUCGUAAUUACGGCGUUGCCCUUGCUCAAUUUGUGGGAGAAUUGUACAAUGAAAAAGUGAUGGGACCAGCCGUAAUUAUUAACUGUGUUGAGAUAUUAUUAGAUUUGACUGAUGACAUCAAUAUCGCUACUCUCUGCGCGUUGCUGCGAAUCGCUGGACCCAAGUUGAACGAUAAGGCGAAAAAAUGUAAAGAAUCGGCGGUUUUGCUGACAGAUGUCAAUGAAGUGACUUAUAGAGAUGCAUUUUUAGCGGAUUUAGACAAAAUUCAUAAGCGACUCGGCCUACUCCAAAGGUCGGAUAAGUUGUCGCUAAAGUCACAAUGUGCCAUUUCGGAAAUUUUGACACUUCUUCGCGGAAAUCCUUCUCCAACAGGAGACAAUUUAGAUAACCAGGUUGCACACAUUGCUCCAGAAACGGCGACGGAAACAAUCCAGACGGAAAAAGUUAACUUGCCGGUUAAGACACGCCAAAUCUUGAAUAAACUUAAGGCAGCAAAUAUUACUGGAAUUGUUCAUGAAUUUGCUAGUCUCCUUUUUGAGGGUGAAGCCGACAUGAAAAUCGUGGUUGACAUUAUGCUCGACAAGAUUGGCCUCAAGCCUUCGUUGGCGACGCGUUAUGCAAAUUUGAUCCACCUAUUUUGUUCUCAAGAAAGUAAAGCAUCUCUCCCUUUUAAGAAACUUAUCCAAACUUGCUGCAAGGAGAGGUUUCUCCUCCACAACGCCAAGUUCACAUUGAUAAGCAAGCCACCCUUUGACCCGAAUUCUACCCUGGAAUCAUUUCAAGAACAUGAGUCCCUGAGUAGAAAACAAUUCCGGGGUCUGGCCAAAUUUAUGGGGGAAUUAUUCAACUUUAACAAUAUCCCGUGUAACGUGGUCAUGCAAUGUGUCAAAAAACUGUUGGUCGAAAAAGAUGACGCAAAUCUGGAAUGUCUCUCCAUCCUGGUGACAACGGCUGGGAAGGGUUUGCAAGAACAGACCGGAACGGAAAAAAUGUUUAAAAAGAUUCAAGACUUGGUGGACGGUAUUAACUUUGCGGUGUCGCCACAAAGUCAGAUAUUGCUAAAGGGUGCUCUCUCGGUCCGUAAAAAUUUGAAACCUGUUACAAUUCCGGAAGUAAGUUCUAGUGGUGUUGGAUCGCUUCUUGGACAGUAUAUUGCGCCCACGUGGGGUCGCAGCCUUGAUAUAUCGGCGACAUCGGGUAACAAAACUCAAAUGGGUAAUGGCGAUAACGCUAUUUUUAGGCCAUGCUUUGGUAGAGGUAUGCAGCCGCAGCCUCUUUUUCCACCAAAUUGGAUAUCCAAACCAAAUUUAAUCGACUCAUCAGAAAUUGGGAGAAGUUGGCUCCCUUCAGGGAUCCCACAAAACCCUAGUAGUGUUGUCCCCACUUAUGGGGGGAACCCUUCUACCCGGAUUGUCCCACAAUUAGCAGAUACUAGAUCAUCCAGUUGUUCCUCUGGUCAGGUCAAAACCUUGCCAAAACCGGCCGAUAUUACACCUCUAUCAAGCCAAGGACAGAAUGAGAUGGGACGAACUACCUCAAAUUCCAGCAUCCUUAGCUCCACCACUUCACAAAUUAUUUCCACCCAAACCGUUCCACAAGUCGUUGUAUCGCCUUCUUGUCAAAUACAUCAACUCAAAUAUUUAUCAAUGUAUACAAAUUAUGACAGAAUGCUUUCCCAGCUACCUUCCGACAUCGUGGUGGAUAUAAACAUGGAACUCUGCAGCAUUAUUUACCAACGCUGGAAAAAUUAUAAAGAAGAGCUUGGCAACGUUGUUGGGAAUGGAAGCGAAUUUGAGACUGGAAUGUUUACCAGGAAUUAAAUAAGAAAAUGUGUAUGUGUUUCUGGUUGUAUGCAAAUAUUCUUUGAAGCUAUUACACAUUACAAAAUUUUGCCAAUUUAAUAAUUGUCUGGUUUAUUAUGUUAGACAGUUCCGAUAAAUUUGUACAUGUGUAAGUAAAUUGUCCCUUUUCUAUUUAAUUAUUUAGGUAAAUAUAUUUGUUAUUCAAGAUUUAAUGAAAUGAAUAACUCAACAAGUUUGAAUUAUGUAAGUGCAGUAUGUACUGUGAUACGACGCAAGUAUUCAAAUGACGCUUGCUAAUGACAUUAAUUAAGCGAGUAUUUAUACUGAAUCUAGAUUUUACAUAGGCUAAUCACAUUCCAUGCUGACUAGCAUGAAUUGGCUUUUUUUUGUAAAUAAAGUGUGAAAAAUUUCGAUAAUUGUAUCCGUACAUAAAAAAAA